UAAACUUUUCGGUCCGCUAAAAAUUCGUGCUCUCUUUCCUCUCCCAAGUCGGAACCCUAAAUACAUCCUCCCCCUUCGCCGCAAGCCCUCGAUUCUCAGGUUUGUCUGAUUUUGCAACAUGACAAGAGUUUACGUCGGGAAUCUCGACCCUCGGGUCACCGAAAGGGAACUUGAAGAUGAAUUCAGAAUCUUUGGCGUCCUUCGCAAUGUUUGGGUAGCUCGAAGGCCACCAGGCUACGCUUUCCUCGAGUUCGAUGAUGAAAGAGAUGCUUUGGAUGCUAUCAGAGCUUUGGAUGGGAAGAAUGGAUGGCGUGUGGAGCUUUCUCACAAAGAUAAGGGAGGUCGUGGAGGUGGUGGUGGUCGUCGUGGUGGUAUUGAGGACUCCAAGUGCUAUGAGUGUGGAGAGCCUGGUCAUUUUGCGAGGGAGUGUCGCCGUGGUGGUCGAGGAGGCUAUGGGAGGCGUAGAAGCCCUAGCCCUCGCCGUCGUAGGAGUCCUGAUUAUGCAUAUGGACGCAGGAGCAUCAGCCCUCGUGGAAGAAGGUCUCCUCCUCCAAGGCGUCGCAGUGUGAGUCCACCUCCACCUCGCCGCCGGAGCUACAGCAGAUCCCCACCACCGUAUCGUGGCUCAAGACGUGACUCUCCUCGCCGCAGAGACUCUCCCUAUGGCCGACGUUCACCAUAUGCCAAUGGGGUGUGAGACUCUUACGGAAGAAGAAGGAACACUGAGUGUCGCUGUGCUCGUUAGGAUAUGUUUGCUAUGCUAUUAGUUCUUCUAGGGUUGGUUGUUGAGCAUGGACUCGUCGUGUAGUGGCAUCUUAUUAGACUUUUCUGUGAUUUUGGAAGCUGUUCUCCAAUGGCUCUCUGUCUUGUUCUUGUUAACCUGGACUACUGUCGAGAGUAUCGACCGUGUUGGCUUGCUGUCUUCAGCGUGCUUGAACCCUAAGGUCGUUUUCAUGCUUUAUUUGACUUAUAUCAUCCAUAUAUAUAUAUAUAUGCUCCUGGUGUGUUUGGUUGAAUGCAGUUUUCUUAUACAUCUCAUUCUUGUGACAUAUCUAAAAGGUUAAAGUGUUUUCAUUCUUUUUUUUUUGCUUGUGAGGUAUGAUUUCUGGUAAGGGCAGCUGCGCUGCAUCUUAGUCUUCCACAACUUUUGCUUUGUCAUCUUCAACCCAUCAAAAUCUGCAUCAUCAUCUCGACCAUCAUCAAUCAGCUAGUUUUGCAUGUUGUUACAUUAGAUCGCCUUGUUCUUUGCUCAUCACUUUACUACAAUAUGCAACCAAGCUUCUAAUGAGAAAGACGAAGUUGUUUCGUCACCCUGCCCCUUCCUCAACCUUGGUCUCGGCUUGCCAAUAGUUUUGCACAUCACUUCUUGAUCACUUUAGUUUUCAACAUCUUUGUCACGCAUCCAUUGGUACUAUUAAUCUUUCUCUGGGGUUAAAUACUAUGGUUAAAACUACAUGUAAACCCUUUGUGGAUGCUUCAUUUUGUAUUGCUUGUGGAAGGUGUUGAGUCUACUGUGAUCAUGAUUUGAUUUUCCAAUGGCAUGUUUCUUUUAUCA